AUGGUACACGCCUCUGCAGCGGAGCGAGUCUUUCGGCUAGUGGAUCUUACUGACCUGAUAUGCGAAAAUGCAGCCGUCAGAAGUCCAGAUGGGAGGCUCCUUGACGCAUCGCUACUGGUAGCUCUCGCCAGGCUCAAUAGCUCCAUUUCAGUUGCUGCACUCAGACAACUCUGGAGACACGUACAUUCCUACCAGAUCAUUGUUGACCUUGUGCCGUCUCUAAACCCGUUCAACCGAGGCCACAUUCGAGACAAGUUUCUGGAAAACUGUCAAUAUUGGCGUGCUCUAUUCUAUACGAACCUGAUCUACUCUCUUCGCCCCCUCGAUAGUGGCGACAAUGUCUUCGGUCUGGAUGCACUUUACUUCAAUAUCAAGCGUAGAUGGCCGCAGGAACCAAUCUACAAAAACCUACGUGAUCUUGAGCUUACUCGCGACUUUGGUCCCGGAAGCAGACUCUUGGAGACCAUUGAUCUCACUCAAUUACGACAUAUCUCGCUACCCAUUACUGCCAAAAUUGUUCCGCUUCUUUCGUCGAUCUUUGAUCGGGUGACGCGGCUCGAGUCUUUGGAGAUCACCACCACCGCAUGCGGGCCUUGGGUGACGUGCGGUGUUACCCUGAUUAAAUCACUGAUAACUGUCAAAAAGUUGAAGCUACGCAUAUGCUCAGAUGUUCUGAUCGACAUGUUACACUACUUUCCCUACUUUCCGGGUCUCACGUCCCUGGAACUAGUUUGCGAUCUCCUGGAAGAGAAUACCCUGGGAGCAAGGUAUGCAUUUCCCAAAGGCAACGUUCCAAAGUGGCCCACUGGCAGGUCGUGGCAACUCUCACUGAGAGCAACCGAUGUCAAUAUGGCCCUCAUUCCCACCAUUCUAGAAAAAGGGACGCCCAAAUAUCUGCUUUAUACAUCCCUCGAGCUGCACUUCACGACUACUGUGAACGAUUCAGCUCGGACUCUUACCAAGGCCAUCCGAUCAAUAUCGCUGGAAUGCCCAAUGCUCACCUCUUUGACUAUUUUGCAACAACCCCCCACUUCCCACUCCGCCGAUAAAGCACAUCUAGCCAAGGGACUUCUGGAACCAUUACUCGUACUUCGUCACCUACGGGUGAUCCAUAUCGUCCUAGAGAAAGGGUUACUCAUCACUCAAUCACUACUCAGUGACUUCUCCGUUCAGUUCUCGCAGCUGGAGCACUGUGUAUUUGGUCCCUCCGACGUAGAAAAUGAGAAGGAUGGUUCUGGAAUAGAGGUAGCUCUGGCGUUUUUCCUUCGUUACCCUAAUCGAUAUUCGUCACAUGUCGUCUCUGCCGACGUGUUGUCGCGAACGCUCACGCCAGCCGGCACGCUGCGCACGACCCGGCUUAUUCUCAAGAGGGGCGCGUUGCCUGCUUGGUUCCCCAAGGGACUCAUGCAACGCGCAGAAAGUUGGAUUGUCGAGGAAAGCGAGGUCGACGUGGACGGCAAGGUCUUGACUUGUCGAACACGAAAUCUCGACCAUGUAAAGGUCAUGGAGGUCAUUGAAACGACACAUUUGCAUGAAGCAGAAGACGGGACAACCGUCCACAAGACGGAAGCGCGCUUUGUUUCUGGCGUCGGUUGGGGUCUAAAGAGGAGAAUUGAAGAGUAUAGCGCAAGUAAAUUCAAGACAAAUAUCGAAAAGGUGGGCGCGUUUGAUAAUUUUGCUGUCGUUGAUUUUGACGAUUGCAAGUCUCGACUUGGUCUCGCUCUGGUCGUCCGACUCUUGCGUGAAGCCAGACUGCAGCUCGGAAACAGAAUGACUCAAGAUGGGAACCGCUGGAAUUACAGUGAUAUACAUGCAGCCGCGUUGGAACCUUCCUCGACUACCCCCAGUUCAUCCGCUUCGACGCUGUCUUCCUACCAUUCCAAUCCGAUUAAUGUUCCUAACGGCAGUCGAGAAGUCGAGCCAUCCUCUUCCAUGCAACGCGACCGCUCUCCUUCAAGUUCUCAAUCGUCGGUGAAUCGAGCUUCAAACGCCAGAUGGUGGUGGUGGUCUUCACGAGAUUGA